AACAGGUUGAAGAUGGAUACGAGACGGACGUAGCAGAAGAAACAUUUACGUGAUUCCCCAAAAGUCGAUCACGGGUUAAUCUUAAUAAUAUUUGCAUUUAUUUAUUCAUAUUAUACAAAAAGUGUUUGAUGCGUUUUACCGGGAAACAAAAGGAAACUCGAUCGAAUUAUCAAAGGAAAGUGUAUUUUAUCCCAUUAUCUAUAAGGACUUCCUGACAAGCCAACAAUGAUAACAUCUUUAGUAGUUUUAUAUCUGCUUCUUCUGUCACAUCAAACAGUUUCAGAAGAGCAGGUGCAGCAGUUUGUUAUAGGAGAAAAGGGCAAAAACACAACACUACAGUGUCUUGACCAGCCUGUAAAUGCGUCUUCAGUUCUUUACCAGUGGAAGAAAAAUGGAGUUGUUGUCGCAACCCAAAACCCCUCAAACCCGUCGGAGCAUCUUGCUAUUUCAAAGAAUGGCUUUCUAAGGAUCAGUGGCCUUCAGGACAUCGAUGAAGGACUUUAUAAAUGUGAAUCCCAAGCAAAAGGUGGAAGCUCGUGGCAGACUCUCUUAGAAAUCCAACUUAUAAUUGCCGCUGGUCCCACUGACGUAUCACUAGACAUAAGUCCAGCGACUCUCUUGAACAAUGGAACAUUAUUUGUCCGUAAAGGUUCGGAUGUCAAUUUCAGUUGUUCCAGUGAGUCUUACCCAUCACAGAACCUGACAUGGAUGGUUGACAAUUUGGCAUCGGAUAAUCCUGAAAGAGAAUUUGGAGGCAAUUCUCCCCUUGCGUUCUCCAUUACAAAUAUCCAGCCACAAGAUCAAGGGAUGUACACAUGUACAUCCCAGAAUACACUCUCCAGGAGAACCGCGAACAAGACCCAGGAGCUGCUGGUUUACUAUGCUCCAGAAAGGCAUCCGGAGUGCAGUUGGGAGUUGGGAAUUGAGCCGUCUGUUGUGUUGUUCAUAUGUAGCUGGUUUGGAGGUUACCCUGUGCCCACUCUGACCUGGCAAGAAGUCCCUAAAAAAUCAGGGGUAGCAGAAGGUCCCACAAUGAACUUGACGUCCCAGGAGACUGAACGGCUGAAUGUCUCCAUGAACAGGUCAAUCCUGCACGAUGGAGAUGAAGUGAAGUGUACUGGACAUCAUGUGACCGGAGUGGAGAAAUCCUGCUCCUUUACCCUCAAGAUACCGUACCCAACAGGACACCCUCUGGCCACCGCUUUGGAAGGCACCAAUAUCAACAUCAGCUGUACUGAGACCAGCUCUCUACCGCCAGCCAAAACUGUCUGGAAGAAAAAUAAUGACCUCAUCGAAAACAGCUCGAAAUAUAUAGUGCAAGAAAAUAGACCCGCAUUCACACUCACUAUAAUUAAUGUAACAAAGGCUGAUGAAGGAGUCUUCUACUGCUACAGUGAAAACCCCCUGGGUGCAAGAGAGCUGGAAGUGUAUCUGAAUGUGAAGUCCUCUGCAGGAAAUGGAGGAGCCAUUGUUGGAAUCUUCGUCUCUGUGUUGGUAAUGAUGAUCGGAAUUGUUGUCGGUGUGACGGUAUAUACGAAGAGGGAUCGAAUUUGCAUCGGUUUAGGAUUUAGUCAAUUAGAUGAUGACCGAGCGGGUGUUUUGAGUCUAGUGGACUCGGAUGAAGAGGAAAUUUUCCAUGAGGCUGUUCCUCGACUCCCUCCAGUGACAAACGGACAUGCAACCACACUCGUGGAGAUCCACAGAAUACCGUCCUGUGAUCAGGAAGACAUUGCAGACAGUACUGAACAGAGCGAUCAAACUCAUCAAGAUCUGACAGAAGCAGGAACACAGACAGCAGACUCACAACCAGCAGUUUAAACCUACACUACACCAAUUCCUCAAACAAAUUGUGAACUGUGCUAAAUUAUUUGUUUGUUUGUUUCGUGAGAUGAUGUUAUGUUGUGUGAUAUUCCAGUGAUCUGUGUAAAGUGUAAAGGAUUUAAACAAAUUUUAGAGAGGCCCUGUUUUUUUAUUUUCAGUAUUAGGUUUUAAUGUAAAGGCCUCAGAUGGGAAAAUGAUAACUUUUACUGCAUCACAUUACAGUAUGUCAGUGAAUUGUUACAGAAUGAGUUUAUUUUUGAAUGAUUGUUUUCCAUAAAUAUGUAUAGGUGAACAAGUCUGGGUCAGAUUUCAUGUAAAAAAUAAAAAAUACUGAGAUUUUACGAAGGCUAUUUUGCACUACUGCAGUUUUCUUUGUUUAGUUUAGUAUAGUUCAAAUUUGACAGGACAGGGUAUUGCAGCACAAUUCCCUGAAAUAAGUCAAACACACACAAAUCAAUAUUUGACUAAUAUUUUGUAGAAGAGCAUCUCUGAACACACAAUACGUCCAACCUUGAGGCGGAUGGACUACAGCAUCAGAAGACCACACCGGUUGCCACUCCUGUCAGCUAAGAACAAGAAAUUGAGGGUACAAUUCGCACAGGCUCACCAAAAUUGGACAAUAGAAGAUUGGAAAAACGUUGCCUGGUCUGAUGAGUCUCGAUUUCUGCUGCGGCAUUCGGAUGAUAGGGUCAGAAUUUGGCAUCAACAAUAUGAAAGCAUGGAUCCAUCCUGCCUUGUAUCAAUGGUUUAGGCUGGUGGUGGUGGUGGUGUAAUGGUGUGGGGGAUAUUUUCUUGGGACUCUUUGGGGCCAUUAGUACCAACUGAGCAUCAUGUCAACGCCACAGCCUACCUGAGUAUUGUUGCUGACCAUGUUCAUCCCUUAAUGACCACAGUGUACCCAUCUACUGAUGGCUACUUUCAGCAGGAUAACGCAAGUUUUAAAGCAUGAAUCAUCUCAGACUGGUUUCUAGAACAUGACAAUGAGUUCACUGUACUCAAAUGGCCUCCACAGUCACCAGAACUCAAUCCAAUAGAGCACCUUUGGGAUGUGAUGGAACGGGAGAUUCGCAUCAUGGAUGUGCAGCCGACAAAUCUGCAGCAACUGCGUGAUGCUAUCAUGUCAAUAUGGACCAAAAUCUCUGAGGAAUAUUUCCAGUACCUUGUUGAAUCUAUGCCACGAGGGAUUAAGGCAGUUCUGAAGGCAAAAGGGGUCCAACUCAGUACUAGUAAGGUGUACUUAAUAAAGUGGCCAGUGAGUGUAUAUGUAUGUAUGUAAAUAAAUGUCAAAAUAAAAUACAAAUUAAACAUCAAA